AUGUACCACCUCUGGGAACACUGGGCGAGCCGCUCGAGCCGAGAGCGGCGGGUCGCGAGAGAUCUGAACCGGCUCCCUGGAGCUAAGAACGACUCGCGCUCGCAUGUAGUUAUAGCCAUGAGCGAGAAGGAUGUACCAGUGUCUGUUGCGCAACGCAUCAUUAUUCGUAUUUUGGUCAAAGAUAAUGUAAAAUCCGCGGAAAUUUAUCAAAAAUUACUCGAGCAUUUCGGGGAUGAGUGCCUCUCCAAGACUCAAGUGUAUAAAUGGUGUUCCGCUUUGCGAAAAGGCCGAGAAGUGGUGGCAAACUUGCCAUAUGCGCGGCGCCCCAAAACAAGUGUUACAGAUGAGAACGUCAGCGCUGUAGAAAAACUCAUUUUGGAAGACCGACGCAGUACUGUACGCGAUAUGGCUGAAGAAUUGGGCAUCAGCGUAGGUAUUAUUGAGCAAAUAAUUCAUAAACGGCUCGGUUACCGCAAAAUUUCAGCCAGAUGGGUGCCAAGACUUCUGAAUUUUGAUCAGAAAUUCACACGCUGGGAAUAUUUGUUCGGUCCAUUGAAAGAGGCACUUGGCGGACUGCGAUUCGAAAGCAAUGCGGAGGUAAAAUACUUCGUGCGCGAAUGGUUACGUGACAAGCCGAGAGAUUUUUACGAACAAGGCAUCCGAAAGCUUCCGGAGAGGUGGCAAAAGUGUGUAGAGUGUGACGAAGACUAUCUAGAAAAAUUAUCCAGUGAUCCGGUUCAAAAGAGUGACCCGGAACGCCCAUCACUACUCACGGUGGCAAUGCUUAGUAAACUUGAUGAUUCAGUUGGAAAUGUAGUGAAAGCAUUAGGUAAAACCAAUAUGCUCGAAAACAGCAUAAUUGUAUUUACCACAGACAAUGGCGGGCCAGCGGCUGGAUUUAAUUUAAAUGCAGCUUCAAAUUAUCCAUUAAGAGGUGUUAAAAAUACACUCUGGGAAGGUGGCAUAAGAGGUGCUGCGUGUUUAUGGAGUCCGCUGUUAAAGAAAAAUAAACGAGUAUCUCAACAAAGAAUGCAUAUAUCUGAUUGGUUGCCAACACUUUUAGAAGCUAUAGGAGAUGAUAUUAGGUAA